UAAUGAUUUUCAAGGUAUAUUUUCACCUGAGAUGAUAUGAUCAUGCUACUUGGAUAACUCACUUUCUAAAUUCUCAAGACAGAAAUGGCAUUCAUUAUACAGUUAUACUCUUGCCUGGGCUGCAUUUUUCCCGGUCCUGGAGAAACCCGUCACCAUGUCCUUACCAAAGACUCACAGAGGGCAGGGCUCUGUGAGUCCUCGGCAUACUCAUUCGCAUUUGUUGUUGACAACUGUCUGCUUCAACCUCCUUCUCCUCACAACCCCGUCUAAAUGGAGUGUGUAAUCCUCCUUCCCACUCACUCUUUUCACUCCCUGGGGUAGGAAUGUUGGCUCCUGUUCUCUGUCACCUGUCAGAAUCUGUCCUCCUGUCACUGGCUUAUAUGGACAAGUCAGCCUUCUGUCACGUGACCCCAGCUGCUAAAAACAGCCCCAGCUCCCACUCCAAACCUGGGCCUGAAACAAUGUCCUCCACCAAAAGAAACAUGAAGGACACUUGAUCACACAAUCCUUGGAAUUAUUUCCAGGAAACCCUUGUAGAGACCAUUCGGAGCACCCCUUCCCUGGCGGUGCACACCGUGACGGCUAGGAGAUGAGCGCAUCUUUGAAUUAUAAGUCUUUUUCCAAAGAGCAGCAGACCAUGGACAACUUGGAGAAGCAACUCAUCUGUCCCAUCUGCUUGGAGAUGUUCACGAAGCCUGUGGUCAUUCUUCCCUGUCAGCAUAACUUGUGUAGGAAAUGUGCCAGUGAUAUCUUCCAGGCCUCUAACCCGUACUUGCCCACAAGAGGAGGCACCACGGUGGCAUCAGGAGGCCGAUUCCGCUGCCCAUCCUGUAGGCAUGAAGUGGUUUUGGACAGACAUGGGAUAUAUGGACUUCAGAGGAACCUGCUGGUGGAAAAUAUCAUUGACAUCUACAAGCAGGAGUCCACCAGACCAGAAAAGAAGUCUGACCAGCCCAGGUGUGAGGAGCAUGAAGAAGAGCGCAUCAACAUCUACUGUCUAAACUGCGAGGUGCCCACCUGCUCUCUGUGUAAGAUCUUUGGGGCACACAAGGACUGCCAGGUGGCUCCCCUCACUCACGUGUUCCAGAGGCAGAAGUCUGAGCUCAGUGAUGGCAUUGCUGUCCUUGUGGGAAGCAAUGAUCGAGUCCAGGGAGUGAUCAGCCAGUUGGAGGACACCUGUAAAACUAUUGAGGAAUGCUGCAAAAAACAGAAACAGGAACUUUGUGAGAAGUUUGAUUACCUAUAUGGCAUCCUGGAGGAGAGGAAGAAUGAGAUGACCCAAGUCAUUACCCGAACUCAAGGGGAAAAACUGGAACAUGUCCGUGCUCUGAUCAAAAAGUAUUCUGAUCAUUUGGAGAAUGUAUCAAAGUUGGUCGAGUCAGGAAUCCAGUUCAUGGAUGAGCCAGAAAUGGCAGUGUUUCUGCAGAAUGCCAAAACCCUAUUACAAAAAAUUUCUGAAGCAUCGAAGGCAUUUCAGAUGGAGAAAAUAGAGCAUGGUUAUGAAAACAUGAACCACUUCACAGUCAACCUCAAUAGAGAAGAGAAAAUAAUACGUGAAAUUGAUUUUUACAGAGAAGAGGAAGAGGAAGAAGAAGAAGAAGGAGAGGGAGAAGUAGAAGAGGAAGGAGGAGGAGACAGAGAGGAAGAAGUACAAGAAGAAGACGAAGUAAAAAUCGAAGAGGUAGAACAAGUUGGAACAGAGCCAUCAGAAGAAGGUGAAAGUCUGGAGAAAGCCUUGGAGCCCUCUCAGCUGGCCUCAGAGGUCCAGGCUGCCCCAGCAACACUUCCUGUUUCCUCUCCAGAGCCAUCUCCAGCCCUGCGACCUGCUGCAGAUGCCCCAGUGACACAGGGGGAGGUUGUAUCCACUGGCUCUCUGCAGGCCACAGAGUCUGAAACUCAC